AUGAAACCUUUAACCUUUCUUCCUUCCCUCUUUACUCUCCUCUUCAUCCUCGUUUCUCUCCAUCUCUCUCCUUCAUGGGCAGCCUCAGACUCAGUGUACGACACCUUCCUCCAGUGCCUCACCCGCCGCAGUCAACCGUCGGACCACAUCUCCGAUAUCAUCUACUCACCGGCCAACUCCUCUUUCGCCAAUGUCCUCACGUCCUACCUCCGUAACCGCCGCUUCAACUCGUCCUCGACGCCAAAGCCGCUUGUCAUCGUAACGCCCAAGCAGGAGUCCCACGUGCAGGCCGCCAUCCUGUGCUCCAAGGACCUCGGCGUGCACCUGAAGAUCCGGAGCGGCGGACACGAUUACGAGGGCAUGUCGUACGUCUCCGUCGAUGCGUUCUUCAUCCUCGAUAUGUUCAACCUUCGGUCAAUCGACGUGGACAUCCAGAAAGAGACCGCGUGGGUCCAGGCUGGCGCGACUCUGGGAGAGUUGUACUACGGGAUUUGGAAGAAGAGCAAGGUCCACGGCUUCCCUGCCGGUGUUUGUACCGUACUCGGCAUCGGAGGCCACUUGAGCGGCGGCGGGUACGGCAACAUGCUGAGGAAGUACGGCCUGUCGGUCGACAACGUCCUUGACGCGAGGAUCGUGGACGUCCAAGGGCGGAUUCUGGAUAGAAAAGCCAUGGGAGAGGAUUUAUUCUGGGCGAUCCUCGGGGGAGGUGGGGCGAGCUUCGGAGUCAUUCUGGCUUAUCAGAUUAAGUUAGUCCCGGUCCCGGAGAAGGUCACGGUCUUCCGCGUUGAAAGGACGCUCGAUCAGAAUGCGACAGAUCUCGUGUACAAAUGGCAGUCCGUGGCACCAAGCACGGACAGCGGCCUAUUCAUGAGGCUUUCAUUGCUGCCAACCUCUUCCCAGACCCAAAAGGGACAACUAACGAUAGGGGCCUCUUUGAUUGCAUUGUACCUUGGAAAUUCAGAUCAGCUCCUGGCAAUUACGGACAAGGAGUUCCCUGAAAUUGGGUUAAGAAAAGAGAAUUGCACUGAGAUUAGUUGGAUCGAGUCGGUUCUCUGGUGGAUCGGCUUCGACAAUGGCACCUUCCCAGCCCCAGAGACCUUGCUGAGCCGAGACUAUCCCGCCAUUUUCUUCAAGAGGAAAUCGGACUACGUCCAAACUCCGAUCGCAAAGGCUAAUCUCGAGUGGCUCUGGAAGAAGAUGAUCGAAGUGGAAAAAGUGGGGCUCUCACUCAAUCCAUACGGGGGGCGGAUGAGCGAGAUCCCGGCAUCGGCCACCCCAUUCCCGCACCGGGCUGGGAAUCUGUUCAAGAUUCAGUACUUCAUCGAUUGGAAGGAGGAGGACCCGGAAGCGGGGAAGAAGUACUUGGCGCAAAUCAGUAGACUGUACAGCUACAUGACUCCAUUUGUAUCGAAGAACCCAAGGAGCGCAUUCUUGAACUACAGAGACCUGGACAUUGGGGCUACUACCAAUGGCAACAACAGCUACGAAGAAGGGCGAGUCUACGGGGUCAAGUACUUCAAUGACAAUUUUGAGAGGUUAAUUAAAGUGAAAACUGCGGUUGAUCCCAACAACUUCUUCAGGAACGAACAGAGCAUCCCUACUCUGCCAAAAUAA